AUGACACACAAGUACAACAACGUCACCUCCGAUCAAUUAAUGUUAAUAGCUUUCCCUUUUUCUCUUGCGGGGGCGGCUAAACAGUGGCUUCGUGAGGAAGAACCCAACUCCAUUGCUACUUGGGAGGCUCUGAAAAAGGCAUUCUUGCAUCGAUACUACCCACCCGGAAAAACUUCAAAGUACCGAAAUGAAAUAUCUACUUUCAAGCAAAAAGACGGGGAAUCACUCUUUGAUGCAUGGGAGAGAUUUAAAAGUCUAAUCAGAAAGUGCCCACAUCACGGAUUACCGAAUUGGAUGGUUAUUGAGACAGUUUACAAUGCUUUGAGGCAUGAAAUCCAGACUUCUUUGGAUGCUGCUGCUGGGGGUAACUUCAUGAUGAAAACAUUGACCCAGGCGAAGAAAAUUCAUGAUGAUAUGGCCUCAAAUUACCACUGGCGAGAACAAUCAACUCCAAGGAGAGGUGGUAGGUAUGAAGUGGAUGCUAUUGUUGCUUUGACAAAUAAUGUACAGGCUUUGACAAGGAAGGUUGAACAAUUGGAUGUCGCUGCAAUAAAUAAAGUCUGUGGGGCUUGUGGGUUAAAAGGGCAUUCUAGUGUUGAUUGCCAACUUCAAGCCGAAGGGGUUGCUGCUGUGGAACAAGUCAACGCCAUUCAAAAUCAGAAUGCGAGACAAAAAUACAACCCCUAUUCCAACACCUUCAAUCCAGGAUGGAGGGAUCAUCCAAACUUUUCCUACAGAAACAACAAUGCGCAGAAUCCCUCACCCUCGUACAACAUACCAUCGGGUUUCCAACAAAGACCUCCCUUCCCACCUCAACAACAACAUCCGCCGAAGUCUAACCUUGAGAGCUUGAUGGAGAACUUUAUUGCUACCCAAAGCAAGCAAAAUGAACACUUCAGCACCUCUAUUAAUCAGAUUUUGGCCCACAACAAAAUGAUCGAUACUCAGAUGGCUCAAAUGGCACAACAAUUGAGUAACCUAUCCAUGCAAAAGGGGAAACUUCCGGGAAACAGAGAAAAGAAGACACUUCAUGAUCCAACCCCAAAGGUAAAGACUUCACCCAUUUUUGUUCCAGCUCCAGGUACUAAUGAUGAUGUUUCUGAAGAAAAGAAAGAUGAGCCAGUCAAUUCAGACAAGCCCAUGACUGCCGGUCGAACGUACACACCACCAGUGCCAUUUCCUUCUAGAUUGGCACAGGCGAAGCUUGAGCAUAAAUAUGGAAAAUUUCUUCAAGUUUUGAGCAAGCUACAGAUCAACAUCCCCUUCUUAGAAGCCAUUAAGGAAAUGCCCUCUUAUGCUAAAUUCCUCAAAGACAUCAUUUCCAACAAACGCAAGCUAGAGGAGAGUGUGGUGGAAACUUUGAAUGGGCAAUGUAGCGCUAUUUUGCAUUGCAAGCUUCCUAAGAAACAAGCCGAUCCUGGUAGUUUUACUAUCCCACUGAAGUUGGGGAAAGAUGUGUCUGCUGUAGCCCUUGCUGAUUUAGGGGCUAGUGUGAGUGUGAUGUCGUUAACACUAUGCAAAAAGAUCAAUGGCGAGAUGAAAGCCACUCGGAUGUCUAUACAAUUAGCCGAUCGAUCUGUGAGGUACCCAAUCGGUAUUCUUGAGGAUUUCCCCGUCCAAGUUGGUAAUUACUUCGUACCCUGCGAUUUCGUCAUUAUGGAUAUGGAAGAGGAUGCCCGCAUUCCGGUGAUUUUGGGUCGUGAUUUUUUAAAGACUACUGCAGCCAAUUUUGAUGUGAAGAUUGGGAAGUUAUCACUUGAAAUUUUUGGAGAACAGCUGCACUUCCAUCUCCCCUCAUCCAUGGCACAUUCUGUCAUUGGGGAGACUGUUUAUCGAGUGGAUGCGAUAGUUGAUGCUACUACAGAGAGGGAGUCCACACCCUCCAUUGUUGAUCCACUUUAUGCAGCUAUUGAAGGCAACUACGAGAAGGAUAGAGCCGAUGUGAUUGAGAUGGUCCAAGUUUUAGAUGUUGCACCUACAUUUGUUCCUGCAAAAGCUAAGUUUGAGGACAUCCUACCCUGGAAGGUGUCCACCAUUGAGGAACAAAAGGAGUGUACUACGCCUCCUCAGGUAGAAUCAAAAUCCCUUCCUCCUUCUUUGAAAUAUGUCUUUCUAGAGGAUAAUGACACUUACCCUGUUAUUGUCAAUGUUGAACUCAAUGGCAGUCAAAUUGAGCGAUUGCUCACAGUUUUGAAAAAGUAUAAGAGUGUUAUUGGGUACACUAUUGAUGACAUCAAGGGUAUUAAUCCCUCAUUCUGCACUCAUAAGAUGUGGUCCUUCUGGUCCUGGAGGUGGUGGUUCGGGCCAUUGAAGUCUAUUUCAAAGGAGAAGGAUAGCAAAGUUAAAGUGAAAGUCUUUAGAAUGUUGUUUGCAUUGGAGAGAACUUUUUGUCCUUCUAAACACAUGAGUGUGAGAGUUGGGAGGGAAACACUGCUGGGGAAUGGAAGUAGUCCUUUUUACUACUUCGGUGUGUGUAAUGAGUUCUAG